UGUUUACCCCGCUCGUAGUUUCGACGUCCGAGGAAACUUCAUCAACCUCAUUUUUUUCUUUUACAGCAGAAUCUAUAGUAAACUUCUUUUCCAUAAAUUACCUAUACACUGACGAACAUAAUGGCUCAAACAGAACCCGUCCACUUUUUCGACAUAACUUCCAAGCUCCCAGGGCCGUCGCAAUCAUGGUCACCUAACACACUGAAGACCAGAAUAGUGCUCAACUACAAGGGCAUUCCAUACACCCAGUCCUUCCUUUCGUAUCCGGACAUAGCACCAGUGCUCAAGCAGCUCGAAGUGCCUCCCGAGUCAGAGGGCUUUCCGUACACUCUUCCGGCAAUCAUACACAAGAGCACUGUCAAGACUAACCCGUUCGGUGCUCUGAUGGAUUCGUUCCCCAUUGCCUUGCAUCUGGAGCAAGCGUUCCCUGCGCCAUCGUACCCGUCGAUCUUCCCAUUCGGCGAUAGCAGCCACGCGCUCGCCCGCGCGGUGGAGUUCAUGAUGAUCAGUUUGGUUUGGAAGAGUUAUAGGCUCAUCAUGCCCAAGGUUCCCGAUCUGUUGGAUGAGAGGGGGAGCAAGUAUUUCCAUGAAACGCGUACUGCGCGUUUCGGAAAGCCGUUGGCGGAACUCUUGCCAAAGGAUCAACAGGAAUAUGACGCGAUCUGGAAGGAGAUGGAGAGUGUUUUAUUGACAUGGACUGCUAUGUUGAAGGGGAAGCCUGGGAAGAAAGGCCCUUUCUUCGAGGGUGAGAAAGCGGGGUAUGCGGAUUUCAUAGCUGUGGGGUUCAUAGCGUGGUUCGAGAGGAUGGACAAGGCGACCUUCCAGAAGAUGAUCGAGGUCGGGGAUGGGGAGCUGAAGACAUUGUGGGAUGCUUCGGUGCAAUGGGUAAAUGGUCAGGGCCAGGAGAAGGAAUGGCCAGUUUCCUCCUAAGGCUUCCUUUGUUGGGUCGAGUGGAUCCUUGGACGUUUCUAAGAUGAAUUGAUGAACGUGAAACUUCGGAAAUCAACGGGCCAGUAGUCGUUUACAUUCAUAUUAUACAAAGUCACAUUCUGUGGGUUGAUUGAUCCACCAGGUUCCUCAGACUGCAGCACGAGGCCCCCCUCUUAGUCGAUAACAACCCAGGUUGUUCUCAAGAC